AUGUCGUCCUCGGACCUAUACGAUGUGACGCUGGCUUCGCAUCGCAUUGUGGAGCAGUUUCUCGUUUCGCAAGGCUACGUGUCGACCGCAGCGCAACUGCGCAUCGAUGCGGCUUCGUGCGGACUUGGCAUGUCGGCGCGUGCAUCUGAUGGUGCGCAUCCAGCGCCGGAUCUAAGACAGAUUGUCGAAUCGUACUAUUCGAGCAUCCGCGCAGAUGAGCGUAGACGCAAAGCCGAACAGUUGGCUGCUACGCAUGCUACUCGUUCCAUCGCCGACCCGCUUACACUUACUCUUGACGGCCCACCCACUCUUCCGUUCCGACUAGAGCACACUCAUUCCACAUUGCAUGCCUCCAACAUCCUCUCCAUCUGCCAGCUCAAGCUGCCCCGAAGAAGCUUCGACACGAACAUCGCACGAUACCUCAACUCGAUCCACGACUGUCUGGUCACUACUGCAGCAGACAAACGUAUAGUUUUUUCCAAUGCACAGACAGGACGAGUGGAAGAGAUCCUGGAGAGCCCAGAAGCACAUCAAGCGGCAGUGUUGAGUGUAGCCCAAGACGCUCUGGAUCCAAGGUGCUUGAUCAGCUGUGGUAUGGAUGCUAGAGUGGUAGUGUGGGAUCUGUUGACAAGGAAACCGGUGCAGGUGUUGAAAGACCACAGCAAGUUUGUGGUCAAGGUGGCUCUCAGUCCGACGGGAGAGUAUCUGGCUAGUAUCGGGUACGAUAAGAAGGUGAUCGUGUAUCGCAGGACAAAGCGGACCACAUUCGCUGCUUCUCAUGUUGCUCUACGAUCCGCCCAAGGGGAAAUACACGAGGAGGAGGAGGAAAAUGAAAAAGAAGAAGAAGAUGAUGAUGGUGUGGAAGAUCUGAAAGGACCCAGGUACGAAAAGGUGCACGAGAUAGAGACGCAGACGAAUCCAGAGGCGAUUCUGUUCGUUCGAGCCGGAUUGGCUCCAGAGGAAGCUGACGGAGCAGCGCAACUGGCGGUGGCUCCCGGUGCUGGCGGCAGUGCGAGUGGCAAUGUUGGAGCAGCAGGCGAGCUGUUGAUCCAUGAAGCGCGCCAGAAGCGCACUUGGCUGUGUUUCACGGUACGUAACGACAGCUUUAUCCAUUACAUUGCGCUGCCUACCUCUGCCGAUUCGUCGACGCUGGAAUCGGUUUCCAACGAACUCUCGCGUGUCACGCUGGACGACGAUGCUCAGGCAAAGCGGACGACCGCUGCCACUUGUACCACUCAAGUGGCUGCCGACUGGUCGCUGCACAGUUUCAAUACGAAUCCGGAUAGGCACGACGUGCACGUCUCGUACUCACUCCUGUCGCUCUCGCUCCACCCAUCCUCGCUCUACAUUUGCGUUCAAACGGGCGACCAUACAUCGCCGGCGCUCGCUUCCUCUUCGUCCUCGACGCAACCUGGCUCGCUCUCGCGUCUGCUGCUGCUCGAUCCGCUCUCGUCACGUCGAGCAGCGACCAUCUGGACGGGCGUCUCGACGAGCUCGUAUGCGGUACCACGCCAUUCGUGGCUUCCCUCCGGACGUGGAUGCUGGCUGAACGCCGAAGACGGCGUGCUACGCCUCGUGGAUCUGAAAGGUAGGACCAGAGCGUCGAUUCUAGCACACGGUGUGUCAUCCGCAGCCGCUAACGACGCCCGAGACGGCCAAGCAGCAGCAGCGAGUUGGAGUCGAGGUGGAAAUACCAUCGUCAAGGACGUCGUGGUGUUAAGCGAACAACGUGUGGCUAGUUGUGGCUUCGAUCGCACGGUGCGCAUCGUCAGCCUGUAG